UGAGUGUACAAUUAAGUUAUACAAUGAAGGCAUGAACCAUGGAGAACAAAAAAAAAUGUUGCUUGGCAUUCAACUUCACUGUUUUGAUUGAGAAAAAAGAAAAGAGAUAUGUCCAAUGCACAUAAAUAGAUGAAACUUUGCAGAAUGAUGAUAAGGUGCAAAAACCCUCUUCGUGACUUACCACAGUCAAAAAUAGGAGGCCUGCUAGCCUCAUUCAUUUUUAUCUUCCUUAUAUACAAAGGUUUUCUAGAAGAAGAUAACAAAGAAACCUUAAAAUAUUUGGAAAUUGUGAAGAGAUUUUUCCUUAAUGUAAAGCAGAAAGAUAAAAUAUAUCUUGACAGAGAAAAGUCCUAUCUUGACGAGAAAGCCAAAAAGUUGAGAAUUCUCUGCUACACCAUGACAGUGCCAGCUAACAUGCAGACAAAGGCGGUAGCCGUGAACAACACAUGGGGAGCCCGAUGUACGAAACUAAUUUUUGUGACUCCCGAGCCUAGCUCUACUUUAUACACAAUGCAGGUGGAUGUUAAGGAGGGAAGAAGCUACCUUACAGACAAAACUGUAAAAACACUCAUAGCAAUUUACAAAACUUAUAGAAAUGAUUAUGAUUGGUUUUUCAAAUGUGACGAUGAUGUAUUUAUUAUCAUGGAAAACUUGCGCCUUCUUUUGGCCAAGCAUGAAUCUCAUGUACCAGUUUAUCUGGGGCACCAGUUUAGACUGUUGACAAAGCAGGGAUAUUUGUCUGGGGGUGCGGGAUAUGCUAUAAAUAGAAAGGCCCUGGAGAUGAUUAACGAGGAAGGUUUUCAGGUGUCCGGGAAAUGUGAGGUCUCAGGGAAGGACGAGGAUUUGGAUAUCGGGAGGUGUUUCGGAAACCUCGGCGUAAAAAUUUAUUCCACUGUUGAUACACAGGGACGACAAGCAUUCCAUCCAUUUGGCUUUCAGAGGGCUUUCUAUGGACAUAAAGGAGGGGAGAUUUACUACGUCUCAAGGCCCUAUAACACGGGCCCUGAUUGUUGCAGUGAGUUCACCGUGUCUUUCCACUACGUUACUCCAGAGGAAAUGUACCUAAUGGAAUUUUUAUUGUAUCACACGAGAAUCUAUGGCCGACAUUCAGUCGCGAAGGACAAGGAAAUCUUCACGAACAAGGAGGCCGUUAUUCCUGAUAAGGCCCCAAAUGAAGUACUCCUCACCCCCAAAUUUAUCUGGCAUCAUCUUUUUAGAUAUUCAAGAUUUGAGUAGAUUUUUUUUUUUUUUACAUUUUUAUAACCUGAAGGUCAGAUGAUACAAACAAUAAAGUAAUGCAUGGUUUGGUAUGUAAAUUUAGACUUAUACUAGUUGUAAAGAUAAAUAUUACAAAUCUAUCAAACAUUCAGAAAUUGUAGAUUUUCUAUGAUUUGAAAUUUCUUUUGAAAAUUUCUUUUAUGAAAAAAGUGUGUAUCAUAUGGCCUUAAUUAAAAUUGCUUCUUUAUAAAAGUUUAUCAAUAUCCUUUCAGGAGUUAAGCUGGCACUUAGUCAUUAGAGAUAUCACAUGCCAGAAAUAUUAAUUUUUUUUAUACAAGGAAAUAUUGCAGGGUAUAUUCAUGGUAGUCCUGAUAUAUUUUUAUCAAGAUUCACUUGUAUGUUUUUUUUCUUCCUUUUUUUAAUGCAAGGAUGCAAGGAAAUUCAAAGGCUAUUUUUGAUUUUCUGAUAUGAGAAACUUUGAAUGAAAAUUUAAGAGAUGUAAGUACAAUGUACUUUUUUUUUUAUUUUAUACAAAUGCUGGUUUACUAAGUCUAUGUUUAAACUUAGAUAUUGUUGCUUUAUAUUAUACAAAUUUUAACUCUACAGUCUCUACCCAUCUAUUUAUUAAGGUCUCUGUUUUGUAGAUCACGUUUUUUUAUACCUAAUUUGUAUAUAAUAUAUGCAUGUUUAUAUACUUCAGAAUUUUAUUAGUGAAUGCAUAUUUUUCUCAGUAAAAGCUUGGGGCCCUUUAGAUUAUAGUGAAGGUUUUAAGUGGGUUUUAAGGAAGUUCUAAACACUUAUAACGUGUUUCUAAUUAGUUUGAGAAAACUGUAUCCCAUAAAGGUGUACCUACUGAUCUAUUUCAUUUUCAACAUAAGGUAUCUGCCUUAGCAGAAAAAAAAAUAUUCAUGAAAGACUAGGGCUGUGUAUUGAGCCACAAAUUUCGAUACGAUACGAUACAAUAUUUCUUAAGGCGAUAUGCGAUAUAUUGGAUUCUAAAACAAAUCCAUCAGAAAAGGUUUAUAAAUCAUUUUAAUGCAUAAAUUUCAUAAAAAUUAAGUAUUUUAUUACCCAUUUUAAAGUUCUUGUCUCAUUGUCAUUACAAAUAACACUUCAAAUUAAAAACU